CCAGUGAAUCCGCUGGGGGGGGAUUCGGGCAUUCAGGGCAGCCUGAGUAGUCGACGAGAGACCGUCGUCACCAUACUACAUACGAGUGACCGCCGCUCACUUCCAAUAACAACCACCUUCUCCAGACCACCCUCACCCUCACCCUCACCCACACUAUUUACCAUCCCGGACCUUACAAUCCUACAACUACUUCUCCGCCCGGUAGUUUACUUGACCUUGGCAACAUCAACCUUUCACCUCCCGCCUUCCCUCUUUCACGAAUUCACACAUCCCAUCUACUAAGAUGGCUACCCGCCCAGGCGCCCGUGGAGGGAACUCUCGAUUUGCGCAGUUCAAGCUGGUGUUGCUAGGUAAGUUGAAGCUUCCGCUAUCGUGAUAGCAGGUCAACCGCUAACUUGAGCGCAGGGGAAUCUGCCGUGGGAAAGGUGCGCUCUCUUCUAUCCGAUAGCCCAAUACACCCUCACUGACGUCCAUCUAGAGUUCCAUCGUCUUGCGUUUUGUCAAGGUACAUACAUCUUCUUCAGCAGCACCAAGCGCAUGUUAACCACCGCCAUGUAUAGGACCAGUUCGAUUCAUACAGAGAAAGCACCAUCGGCGCUGCCUUCUUAACGCAAACGAUAUCACUCGACGAUAAUACCACUGUAAAGUUUGAGAUAUGGGAUACGGCAGGACAAGAAAGAUACAAGUCACUUGCGCCAAUGUAUUACCGAAAUGCCAACUGUGCUGUUGUUGUGUAUGAUAUUACACAAGCCGUAAGUAUUCCCAGAGCAAGGUAAUCUGAGAGGGUGGAUGCUGACAGUCUUUGUAGUCGUCGUUGGAUAAGGCAAAACAAUGGGUGAAGGAACUUCAAAGACAGGCCAACGAGAACAUAAUAAUUGCUUUAGCUGGAAACAAGCUCGAUUUAGUCGGCGAACACCCCGAUAAGCGUGCUAUCCAAACAGCCGAUGCCGAAGCAUAUGCUAAAGAAGCUGGUUUGCUCUUUUUCGAAACGUCUGCGAAAACAGCCGAAAAUGUCCGAGAAUUAUUUACAUCGAUUGCGAAGAAGCUACCGUUAGAUCAAGCCGGACCAAGAAAUCCCAGAUCCGGGGGACGAGGAGGCGUGGAACUACGACCCAGCGAGGCUCCCGGAACACAAGGACCAGGUUGCGCCUGCUAG